UGUUGUGAUAAAACAUGAAAAAUGAAUACUAGAGUUAAAACCAUAUCGACCUCUUAGCUACUACGAGAGAAUAGAACGCUUCCACGGUUAGACCCUAUUCUCACGCUUUCUUCUUCUUCCUCCUUUCCAACUCCAACACUGUGUCACACACAAACAAUCACACCAUCAUUUCUUUUCUUUCAUGUAUUCAUUUUCUUUCUCAAUUCUUUCUCUCUAAUUUCCCCAUCUCCACCAUGGUCCCACACGCUCACGCUAUGCCUGAAUAUCCCAAACACCCAUGAACAAAUGUGGGUCCAAAUAAGAAAGUAAAAUACAAACAGAUUCUGAUCUCACACAUUUGUGAUGCAAUUACAAUGCCAGAGAGAAACGCUUCUGCCAUUAAGGUUGUUUCAAGAAAAUCCUUAUGUUUUUUCUUCACAACAACAACGUUGUUGUUCAUCAUGUCAUGGCUUUUCGUUCUCCGUUCAACUCGCUCCGAUUCUACAUCAGAAGCCAUUUCUCAGCUCCUCUCCACCACGUUCCCAGAUUCCGUUCCCGAAUCAUUUCAUUCACAAAACUCAGAAUCUUCCUUCAGCAACAGAGCGAUUCUCGUUAACACCAAAAAACAAAAACAAACCCCCUAUACUCUAAAAUGCAACAGCCACACCACCACCUCGUCGAAUAACAACAGUAACUAUAUCUACAACGUUGUAUUGAAGGUUUUCAUGUACGAAUUACCUUCAGAGUUUCAUUUCGGAUUAUUAGAUUGGAAGGAAAACGUGAAGAACACAAAAGUCUUUCCCGACAUGAAAACCAAGAUACCAAGUUAUCCGGGUGGUUUGAAUUUGCAACACAGUAUUGAAUAUUGGCUAACUUUAGAUAUUCUAGCUUCGGAGUUACCGCAAAUUUACCCUAACAAUACUAGAAAGGUAAUCAGAGUUAGGAACUCGAGUGACGCCGAUGUUAUAUUUGUGCCGUUUUUUUCUUCUUUGAGCUAUAACAGACUCUCCAAAAUAGGUCCACAUGAAAAGAAGAGUAGAAACAGGCUGUUGCAGGAGAAUUUGGUGAGGUAUUUGAUGAAUCAAGAGGAGUGGAAAAGGUCUGGUGGAAGGGAUCAUUUGAUUCUGGCUCAUCAUCCUAAUAGUAUGUUGGAUGCUAGAAUGAAGCUCUGGCCUGCAACUUUUAUAUUGUCUGAUUUUGGGAGGUAUCCUCCGAAUAUAGCGAAUGUCGAGAAAGAUGUGAUCGCGCCUUAUAAGCAUGUUGUUGGUUCUUAUGUUGAUGAUCAAUCUAGUUUUGAUAGCAGAAAAACUUUGCUUUACUUCCAAGGAGCUAUUUACAGAAAAGAUGGAGGCCAUGUUAGGCAAGAACUGUUUUAUCUUCUAAAAGACGAAAAAGAUGUACAUUUUUCAUUUGGAAGUAUACAGAAAGGCGGAGUAAGGAAAGCAACAGAAGGCAUGCGUUCUUCGAAAUUCUGCCUCAACAUAGCAGGCGACACACCGUCAUCGAAUCGCUUAUUCGACGCGAUUGCGAGUCACUGUGUCCCUGUGAUAAUCAGUGACGAAAUUGAGCUUCCAUACGAGGAUGUCCUCGACUACUCAGAGUUCUGCGUAUUCGUUCGCACCAGAGACGCCCUCAGAAAGAAGUUUCUGAUAAACUUCAUUAGGAGUAUUGACAAAGAUGAAUGGACAAGAAUGUGGAAGAGGUUGAAAGAGGUUGAAAAAUUCUUUGAUUUUCAGUUCCCUUCUAAGGAAAGUGAUGCUAUUCAAAUGAUUUGGCAAGCUGUUUGGCGUAAGGUUCCUUUGAUGAAGUUGAAAACAAACAGGUCUAGGAGAUUUUUUAGGUCCCCUUCUGGUAAUAAUAAAGAUAUGGGACAUAAAUCUAUACCAGCACCAGCUAAUUUUGGUGAUAUUGAUGAUACAUGAGAUUUUGUUUUUAGAAUGCAAGAAUGUUUUUUUAUAUACAAUAUAGUUGUGAUUUUCAUAGUGACAUUGACAUUGUAGUGUUCAUACCUGAGGACUCAUAGUAUACAAUGAAAACUUCUUUUGUUCUUCAUUUGAACAAA